AGAUUUUCUUUGCGUGCAAACACACAAGUCUUCUCUGUCCUUCCCAUUAGCUUCUCUGGCAUGGCUGUACAAUGACCUCAUCUGGAAUGGGCUGAAGUCCAGAGAAAACACACAUGCACUCACUCACCACUCACACACACUUCACAAGAGCCUGUUGAGUCCCAUAUAAGGACUUGCUGAUGAUGUAAUGGGCGCCACGGACUGCGAGUAAGAAUCAGUUUGCAGAGCACUUCUCAAUGUUUGGUUUUCCGGAUGGAACGUCCACUUCACCGGGAACUCGGAAAAAGGAAAACACGAAAUAGCCGCAACAAUAUAUUCCGAGGAUUUGCAAGAGAAGGACAGAGGCCAGCUGCCCCGCACAGACUCGACCUCUUAUUACUAAAGGAGAGGAAAAACAGGAGAGCAGGACUGAGGAAAAACAAGAGGAGCGAGUAAGUUGAAGGCUCUGGCGCUGCUUUUGGUGAAAGAGCAACAGCGUCUGAGCAAACUGGUGGCGAAUCAGUAGAAUCAUAGCACUGAACACUCAACUACCACCGCUGAGCAAACUGAGCAGAGAGUCAGCGCCGCUAAAGUUGGUGCAGAAGUGGAAACGCAGCUUCAAUACCUGCAACCCGGGGUGGAGCAGCUCAAAGUUUCCAACCAAAACUGGACCAGCAUGAUGGCCCAGAGCCCACUGACGGAGGUGGAGGUGCUGAGAAGAAGGGUGGUGGAAAUGGAGGGAAAGGAUGAAGAGCUGAUACGGAUGGCGGAUCAAUGUCGGGACCUCGAUCGCAGGCUGGCGAAAGAGACAAGUCAAUGCCGAAGUCUGAAGUUUGAGGUGGAGAAGCUCAAUGGCAGAAUCUGUGAACUGGACAGGAUAGAGGAGGUUUUGGGCAAAAGCAAACAAGACUGUAGCAUUCUGAGGAGUAAUUUGGAGCGAGAGAGAGAGUUCAGCAAGGGGGUGUCUGGGGAGCUCGAUGUGCUAAGACUUAGGGUGAGAGACCUAGAGGCUGUAGAGGGACGACUGGAAAAGAGCGAAAUGAUUAUCAAACAGGAUCUGAGUAAACUAAGGUCACUGACGAUGGCCCUGGUGGAGGACAGGAAGAAUAUGGCCGAGAGGCUUUUCCAGGCAGAGGAGAAGAUUAAUAGGAAGGAGAGCAAACGAAAUGAGCAAAGUAAUUUAGCAACAAUGACAGAGAGACUGAGAGAGGAGAGGCAUCUGGCGCUGAGGUCUAAGACAGAUUUAGAAGACAAGAUUAAGGUCAUAAUAAAGGAAAAAGAUGAACUGCAAGACAGACUAAAAACAGAGGAGGAGAGAAAUAGAGAGCUACAGGGCAAAAUAUCUACAAUGCAGAAAAAGUUUAACAUUUUUGACAACAGGAAAGAGAAAGAAGAGAAGUACACAAACAUCUCCAUCCCAAACAAUACCAACUAUCCCUGCCAAGCCGAGGACAACAAGGUCAGAGAGCUGACAAAGGAGCUAGAUGAACUGAGAAGAAGACUCCAAGAGAAGGAGACAAUAGAGGGAGAGCUGAGCAAAGUGGAGGAGAGUUUUGAGUCUCUAGAGAAGAGGCUGAAAGCGGAACAGAGGAGGUCUAGAGGUCUAACGGGGGAGUUGGAGGUAGCAAAGAAGGAGCUUUCUGAGUACAAGCAGGGAGAGAAGCAGGAGGUCAAUCAGGAGCAUCUUCUUCUCUGCCACCUCCAGAAGGAGCAAGUGAAAUGUAGACUCCUAACCAGAGAAGUUGAAACCCUCAAGGAGAAGCUCCAGAAGCUGGUGGGGACGGAGGAGUCUAUCUGUAAGGUGCAGACGGAUCGGUCAACGCUGCAGAGGAAACUGACCCAGCAGGAAGCCAAGAACAAAGAUCUGGCCGGGGUGAUGGAGAAACUGACGAGUGAGUUGGACAGGUAUAAACAAAUCCAGAACAAUAACAAUGUCUCACACCAUCGUCAAACCACCACAGAGCAACAAUCUGAACCUGUAGAGAGCAUGUUUCCGGACUCCUACAGGUGCAACGAGAAGCUAACUACAGAAAACGCAGAUGAGGACCCAAACACCCACUUGGAAGCCACAAAUGAAGGAAAGCUUCUUGUCAAUGGCCUAAACACAGCAAAUAACAUGAGUGAAUACAACAGCCGCUCAGAGGUCGACCUCCACCCAAAUGCUAACGGAGAGGUGAUGACACUAACACACACACCCGGGCAGCCCUUGCAGAUUAAAGUAACGCCACAUCAUACACUCAACACGGCCACACUGGAGAUCACCAGCCCUUCCAGAGAUGCAUCUUACACCAGCACAGCUGCCCUACCAGCAAGUGGAGCCUCGCCGAAGCAGAGAAUAACCAUCAUCCAGAACUCUGGCUCACCAGCAGGCAAUCCCAAGACCCCCUCUUCAAGUCCUGACCGCAACUUUUCCCCGGUGAGCGAUCUGCCGGUGUCUCGAGUGCUGAGUCCAAAAACGUCCCGCUCCGUCACACCUGACAACAACUCACCAAUUCAGAUCGUCACAGUCAAAACCUGCUCUCCUGAGCCCGCGGACGUCACAACCCAGGCUCUUUUCUGCAAGACUCCCGAUCGACUGAACAGCUGGCAGUAUCAACGAUCCAACAGCAAUGACUCAAGUCCCAGCAUCAUCCCAGCAGAUGAUAGUAAGAUCCAUAUUCACCUGGGAAGCCCGUCCAUCCAUCCUCUGAACGGCAUUACCCACAGCAUUCCUCAGACCGUUGGGCCUUACUACCUCCGGCAUGAGCAAACGACUCAUGUAAUCGCUAACGGCUGCCAUGUUAAAGGUGUUGGAAAGAUUACAAGUAGCAUCACCAUUUCCCCUGCUAAUGCCUCUGCAUCACACUCAAACAUCACAGUUAGUGGCCUUUGUGAUUAGACCAAAUAUAUCUAUUAUAAAAUAAAAUGACACCAGUUUAAUUUAAUCAUUACUAUUUAGGCACCCAUAAGAAACUUUCAUACUUUACACUUAAGUGUAACUCAUAUAUCUUAAUGAGUCACUGUUGUAACUCAGUGUUUACCGUACAUGUCACACUAUAGGGUUCUCAUUAUUGCUUUUAAAAAGUUUUAUGUUCUGUUCAUUAAAAGAGUUUUUCUUGCUGUUGCUUUUAUCAUUUAUACUUCACAGAGGCUGGGAACUUGCUCUUACAAAUCAAACUGAAAGAACCAAUUAGUAAAAAGGAAAUUCAAGCAUCAACAGUAUUAAAUGUGCAAAACAAAUUACUGAAUUGUAAUAAUUAAAGUCUGACAUGCUGACAAAUAGUAAUACAUGACUGGUUUAAAACAUGUUUUCCCAUUCCUCUGAUUUGCUUUCCAUAAGUUGACAAAAGAAACCUAAAAGAUUCAGCGUGCCUUCUAUUUUUUUCCUUCUAAUGUAUAAUUUUGCAGCAGCAACAGGAAAUAAAUGUAAGAAUGGUUUGUUUUCAUGUUGAUGAUUUCUUAAAAACUGCACUGUAUGUCCAAUGUAAAUAAAAUAUUUUCACCAUCUUCUGCACAUUCAACUACAUUUAGUGAUGAAUUUGAAAUCAUCUUACUUUCAUAAGAGAUACCCAAGAGUUUGAAAAACUGUAGAGACACUAAGGAUAAAUAAAUACCCUACUGAAAUAAACAGCAUAUGUUGUGUUUUGGAUGCUGGACCACAUGCACUAGCUCCAAAACAACAUAUUUGUGUAAGACGUUGCCAUUUUAGCACAGGACAGCGUAGCUUGACAUAAGCUCUCCUGAAAAUCUGGUUUAUCAGUGAACCCAAAACACAUAAACUUAAAUCUGUCUGUCUGGUUCAUUCAGUCAGUUUUGAUUUCAGACGUCCUGUUCAGUCAGCCUUGCCAAUUCUCUCAGCAUUUUAGUCAAGGUUGUGGAAACGAGAGAGGAAAAGAAACAGCUGGACACCCCUCGGGGUAUUAGAUGGAUCUAGAUAUAUCCAGAAGGUUUUAGGGCCUUCAAUGAUGUUUCUUUGUUUUACCAUUAGGAGCAAUGAUGUACAUUAGUUAUUAUUACACUGUUGGCUCUGAGUAAAGAAAGUAAAUAAUUUACUUAAGUGGCGUGACACAAUGAUGCCAUUCUGUACUGGGUUUUUAAAGUUAACAAGAAAAAAUAACGCAACAUAAAAACUGGGUUUUAAAUAUAAUUCAACUGUUGCAUCCUAAAACUUAGUAAAUAAAAGCCUUUCUCUACAAUGCAUAGGAAUGUUUAAAAACAAUGACGUAGACUUCUAUUUAUGUGUAUUUCUAUGGUGAUGGAUGUUGUUACCGAUUCUAAAUAAAGCCUUUCUUUUACUCA